CCAGCUCUGGUCACACUGAGUCGAAACUGAAACUGAAACUGGCUGGAUGUGCGGAUCGUGUAUUUAUUAAUUUGUUGGCCAUUUUCGCAGACUAACUUAACUCGCCGGAAUUAGUUAGUCAUAAAUUAAAGGCGCGCCGGUCCGAACGGUACUUCGCUCAUACAUUGCUAUUUAGGCUGCCGAAAAGAAAAAACCAAAAUGCCGAAGGCGAAGUGAAAAGAAAAGCGAAUAUACACAAAUAUGCUGGUGAACUCGGAGCAAAAGUGCUAAAUUCACGAAUAAAACAAGAGGAUUUAAGCCCAAUUGCCGGAGGAGAAGCCAACUGCUGUCUGUGCGGCGGCGACUCAGUGAAUUUUCCGUUUUCCGACCCCGCGACGAGGGUGGAAACGCGUGAAAAACCGAAUCGAAAGUCCUGCGUGUGUGUGCAAAUAAUGUGAAUAAGAAUAAGAAAAGCCUGGAAAAACAAAGAGUUGGCUAAAAAAAUAAAUUAAGGCAGUCGAAACGAAAAGAUGGGCAAACAGGCGCAAUGUCCGAUGCGCGGUUUUUAGUGCGGGAGCAGCUCAAGAAUCCAGUUUCGGGCUGCAAGGCGUGUCAGGAUUGAAAUCGAACCACCACCAACACACCAACUCCAACAACAACAACAGUAGCAGCAGCAGCAACAACAGCGAAAACAGCCGCUUUGAGCCAAUUUCGUUGGCCCUUUUUUUUCCUGGUCAUUCCUGUUUGACUUCAUUUUCACCCAACUUUCGCCGCAGAAUUUCGCAUAUCGCAAGACAAAAUGUCGACGCGCUCACAAUUAACCAAGGACCUCAACGAAAGCGUCAAGUCCAUUCUGGGUCGCCACACAAAGAUACUGGUCAAGUAUAUGGUCAAAUUGGAGACGAAAGGCGAUAAGACGGAGAAUCGUGUUCUGGUUUUCACUCCCGUGAGGGUCUAUUUGCUCAGUGCCAAAGUGCCCACCAAGAUCGAAUGCCAUUUCCACUACCUGGACAUUGUGGGCGUCGAGAGCAAGAAGUCCACCCACUUCUCCAUUGUGACCAACGAUCGGCCCUACUCGUUCGUUACCACCGGCGAUGCGGGCAAUUUCAGCUCGAACGCUGAUGUCAUUCUAACCGACCUGGCCUCGGCCAUCAAGCAGAUAUUCCCGACAGUUCCUCUAAAGUACAUCAUCAGAAAGAUUGAUAUACAGCCACCGGAGCGGGAGACCAUAUUCUCCGAGGAAUUCAGACCCUCCGAUCCCCGAAAUGUGGGUCCCUGUGGGGGAUUCAGUGCCCAGUACGCCUGCAUGUGCGAUUUCCAUGGCGUUCCCUAUCGCGAGGAGGUGGCUUGGGAUGUGGACACCAUCUAUCUGUCGCACGACACGCGAGUCCUCAACUUGCGCGACUUUGACCACCUGGAGCCAAAAGACUUGAUGGCCAUCGUUUCGGCGCUGGAAUACAACACGUUCUUUCGUGGCCUGAAGGCAGCCCACAUGCGAUUGUCCCACGAGACCCUGGAACGCAUCCUGCACGUCCUUAAGCGUUCGAUGUGGCUGGAAGAGCUGCACCUGGAGGCAUUGGGCUUAAGAUGGGAUUUCCUGAACAAGUUAUCGAUAUCUGUGAUAACGAAUAGCAAUCCCGCCAUUCGCACCAUCGAUCUGAGCCACAAUAUAAUUGAGGAUAAAGGUGCCAUUCAUUUGGCUGGUCCCAUAGCCAAGGUAUCCAAGGGCCUGUGCAAACUGGCUUUGGCCCACUGCGGACUAACUUCGAAGGGCGUCAACCAGAUGUCGCAUUCGCUGACGCUCAAUCAAAGUAUUUCCAACUCGCUCACGUAUCUAGACCUAAGUGGUAAUAGUCUCAAAGAUGAUAUAACCAAUUUGCACAAUUUCCUGGCUCAACCCAAUGUGCUGGAGCACUUGGAUCUGGCCUCGACUGACAUCACGCUGGAAAAUUUGUUUGGAGCUCUGUUGCGCGGCUGCGCCACGCAUUUGGCCCACCUGAACGUGUCGCACAACUCGUUCAGCACGAAGAAGGGCAAGGAGAUCCCGCCCUCGUUCAAGCAGUUCUUCACCAGCACCUUCAGCCUAAAGCACCUCAACAUUGCCGGCUGCAAACUUCCCAUGGAGGCAUUGAAGAACCUGCUGCUUGGCCUGGCCUGCAACGAGUCUACAGCCGGACUUUAUCUGGAUCUCAGCAGUAACACGCUGGGCGCCCAAGGUGCCCAUGUGCUUGAAUCCUGCAUCCAUGGCGUGCGAGUUCUGCAAAGCCUAGACAUCAGCGAUAACAAUCUUGAUGCUGAGCUAGCGCCCGUGCUGACAGCCAUUUCCAAGAACCCCUCGAUUCGGACGCUUCACCUGACCCGCAGUCUAACGGGCAUGAAGCCCAAGCACAUUCCACCCGUUAUGGACGCCCUGGUAAACCUCAUCCAGAAGGACGACUUCCCGCUGGUCGAGCUGGUACUGUCGGAGAAUAAGCUGAAGCACGACCUGCACGACUUCAUCAACGCUCUGGGCAGCAACCAAAGCCUUCAGAAGCUGGACAUCAGUGGCAACUUCAUGGGGGAUGUGGGCGCCCGACUCCUGGCCAAAGCCCUGCAGAUCAACAACCGGCUGCGUACCAUAUAUAUGGACAAGAACGGAGUGACGUUGCAGGGCUAUGCGGAUAUCGUCUACGCGUUAGAGCACAACCACAGCAUGCGUACCAUACCCUUUCCCGUUUUCGAUAUUGCUCCGCAUCUGAAGAGCCACCCGGAUAAGACGGAUGCGGUGAUGCGUAAGAUGCAGGAGCUGCUGCAGCGCAACUGCAAUGGAUUGAAGCGGGCCACCGGACAAGGAUUCCGCCUGCAGCACGGCUUCAUGCUCUCCUCCACGCACCAGCUGGUGGAUAAGUUGGUGGCCGAGACGCAGGACACCAUUUCGCUGGCCAAGGGAGGCAGUGAAUCCGCCUCGGCGGUGCAGCGCCUGAUUACCGACGCCGAAAACUGCAAGCAACUGAUGCCAAAGCUGCAAGAGGCCGUUCGCAACGACAGUCAUCCCAUCGAAAUGAAGCUGACCCGAGUGGCCAGUGAACUGAGCUACACGAUUAAGAGUUAUCUGGAGGAGACCCUGGAGACGAUGAUGCGCACUGGCAUCGAGCAGUGUCCAAAAACGCUUGGCAACCAGAUCGUAGUUCAGGAUCUUCGAAAGGCUCUUGCCGAGCGUUUGGUGGUGCCCGAGGAAUUCCUGCAGAUCUGUCUGCUCAACAACGCCGGCAGCGAGAUUAUGAACAAAGUUGGUGAGAUCGAACAAUCCCUGGCCGCCGCCAUCUCAGAUCGGGCUACUGAUGAGGUGCUGGAUGCCCUGACCCGCUACCGCCGUGGCAUGGGCAUCGCAGAGUCGCCAUCGGUGCUGCUGGACGAACCGCAGACGCCGGACAUCGUGCGCAGUCGCUCCAGUCAUGAUGCGGAUGGUUUGAUCAUACGACCGGGUGGACGAGGCUCGAUAUUGCCCAAACUGGGCUUGGAAUCGCCCACUAAAUUGGAAUAUCUCAACCUUGCCACACCGCAUCUGCCCACCAAGCGACGCAGUCUGGCAAAGAAGGUGCGUCCCCAGUCCGUGGUGGAGAAUCUCAGCCUGGGCCACUUCCCUGACCUCCUGGAGUCACCCUCCUCGCACCGCUCCAACUCCCAGUUGUCUGCCCGUGCUGCUGCCGGUGCCGCCGCCUUGGUGGGAGCCGCCAAUAUGACCGACAGCAUCGCUGUGGACGACGGAGGAGUGGAUGAGUGUUGCGACUCCAUCACCGAGCUGCCCAGCGCCUCGUUCCAGCUCCAGCAUCUGGUCAAAGGUCGCCCGAAGCGGGCCAAAACGCGUGCACCCACUCGGCCGUUGGUCACCACCGAGUGUGCCGGGGGCAGCAGGGAAAUCGGCGAAGGUUUGGAACACUUCUUCCGGCCCGGUUCUGUUACGCCCACUACCCUGACUCCCCUAGUUUCUCCUACGUCGGAGGAAUGCAGCUCAUUGUCGUUUGUAGACAGCCCCACGAUGAGCCGCGAUGGGAAUGGACACAUGACCUCCGAGGAGACCACUCCCAUUCUGGAGGAACGCCGACCAAUUAAAUUGGAGCGCCAGUCGCCAUUGCUCAAAAGUGCGUCAUGGGCCACCCGCUCCCGGUCCACGGACAAUCUAGAGAAGUAUUCGCCACUGGUGGGUCGUAAGUCCCCGCUGGUCAAGAUGCGAACAGAAGGAGGUCCCGGCUCGGGAUCUGCCGGCGGUGCUGAGGAGACGUCCAUGCCCAGUUCUAAUCUGCUUAAGGCAACCGCCCGAGAGGACAAAACGCGUUCGCCCAGCAGCGAUUCGAUCAAAAGCCAUGCCGCAGGCGAGGGUAGUGUGAUUGUAAAGACUGGCAACGGCAUCCUGCGAACACCCAUAGUUCUGCAGAAGCCGCGUCCCUGGUCAGUUGUAGGAAGCGAGCCAAAGGCAGGCGGGGAUCUUAUAACAGGCAAUGGGAAUGCCGACUCCAGCAAGACCACGCCGGACAAACUAGAAGAAGAUGACGUCGAGGUAGUGACAUUUGGAAAUACCUGCAGUGGCUCAAUUGUUGGCAUCACGCCGGGCAUAGCUUUAUCCACCAGUGGCGGUGGAAGCAUUGUGGGCAUUACACCAGGAGGUGCCCUUGAAAAGAAGUCUGUGCGAGAACUAGCAGCGGGUCUCAACAGAAUGGAACUCCCCCUAAAGCCGCCCGUUAUGCCAAGAACCCUGCUGAACGCGACGAGUGCGCGCACGAGCACGUCCUCCACAGGCUCAGGCUCAGGCUCCACCUCCAAUAGUGUAUCAGUCAGCUCAUCCACGACCGCCAACACAUCGAUGACAGUAUUAAACCAGAGCCAGACACGAUCACGGAUCGUGAGCUCGACCAGCAGCACUGGCAGCACCGAGACCAUCACAGAGCGCAGCACCACCAGCACUAGCAGCAGCUCAUCCAGCAGCCACGAGAAGCAGCAUGCCAAGGCCUGUGCCAAUUUAAUCAGCAACGAAAUCCUCAGUAUGCGCAACGGACAGUUGGGCGCCAAGUCUGGAAGCUGCGCAGAAAGUGGUGGUGUGAAGCGGAUCGCCGGCAAGGAGAUCUCCACGCUAUUCGAGGAGACAUUAGUUGAAGAACUGCAGCAGAGCAUGGCGACCAGACGCGGUUUUAGAGACUCGGCCUACACCAAGGAGGAUGUCGUUGAUUUAUAAGUGUUCUAGUUAUAUGCUCAACAUUCCCUCACGUCGACCCCUAGUCCUUCACCCAACCUGCCACAGUUUUACGUGAUAGAUAGUAGGGUUGAUGAUAACGUUAAGUGAUGAUGAUGAUGAUGAUGAGGAGGAGAUGAGAUGAGAUGGUGGAGACAGAAGGAUAGAUGGAAACAAGGUUGCAACUUAUCGUACUGAACCAUUAAUUUAUGUGCAAUGCCGCGUGUGUGUUGUUUUUAUUUGGCAAUUUAGAAUGAACGUGAUUUAUUUAUUGAUACAAACGCUGAUACUUUUAUCCAAAUUAACCUUUGCAUAUUUUUAAAAAUGUUUUGUGUACUAUAUUUUAUAUUUUUAUGUAUUUAAAUGAGUUAAGUGCCAAUUAUAUACAGAAUUAAUCUACAAAUAUUUUUAGCGUGUGCUAUACAACAAUUUCAAUGAAACUAACGAAAAUAACGCAAUGAAUAUGAUACACUAUACAUAUUAUGUAAUUCGAUUGCGUGUAUAAGAACUAUUUUAAACCUAAAAAAAUCUAAAUGAAAUAUAAUAUUUUUUAUAACUGCUUCCAAAUACAAA